AGAGAAGAGGGGGCAGAGGAGAGAGGAGGGGGAGAGAGAGCGAGAGAGAGAGAGAGAGAAAACGCGCUGAAAGAAGCGCUGGCAUAGUUUUGUGGGGAUUGUGGAAAAAGAUGUAACGGAGCCUGCGAGCGCUCUCCCCGGGAUGGAACACUGGAUUACUCUCCCUGCUGAAACACUCUGUGGAUGUCUGAGUAAACCAGGAGGAGAUACACGCGGACUGAAUGGAUUCUAAAGCCUUUUCGCAAAAUGGGAACUAACUGUGCUCAUUCUCGCUGUAGUGCAAAGCUCUCUGUGGGUGUGUGUGGGAUGUUGUGUCAGGGCUAAAGCCCGUCCCUCUCCCAUGAGCCUGUGUGCCCACACACACACCUGGCGCCUCCACGCACACACCCGGCGCCCACGCACGCACAGCCGGCACUGACGCUGUGAACUGGACCCUCGGAGCCCAGCGGAGCCAAGCGGAGCGGAGUCUAGCCCAGUUGGAGCCUGAGGAUGUCAACAGAGACAGAGCUACAGCCAGCGGUCAGGCCCAGCAGCGUCAGACGGGACUCCAAGAGGAAAGGGCAGGAUCGCAGCGAGGCGGCUCUCAUCAGGCGUUUUAAGGGCGAUGGCGUCCGCUACAAGGCCAAGCUCAUCGGCCUGGACGAGGUCACUGCCGCCCGUGGAGACAAACUCUGCCAGGACUCGAUGAUGAAGCUCAAGGGUAUAGCUGCAGCAGCGCGGUCUAAAGGAGAACACAAACAGAAGGUGUUUCUAACCGUUUCCUUUGGUGGGAUCAAGAUCUAUGAUGAGAAGACAGGGGUCCUCCAACACCACCAUGCGGUCCACGAGAUCUCCUACAUCGCCAAGGACAUCACGGACCACCGAGCCUUUGGCUACGUCUGCGGGAAGGAAGGGAAUCACCGCUUCGUGGCUAUCAAGACGGCGCAGUCGGCUGAGCCUGUGAUCCUGGACCUGCGGGACUUGUUCCAGCUCAUCUACGAGAUAAAGCAGAGAGAGGAGAUGGAGAAGAAGGCCCAGAAAGAUAAGCAGUGUGAGCAGGCGGUCUACCAGACAAUACUGGAGGAGGAUCUGGAGGACCCGGUCUACCAGUACAUUGUUUUUGAGGCGGGACACGAGCCCAUCCGUGACCAAUCAGAAGAGAGCAUUUAUCAGGUUCCCACCAGUCAGCAGAAGGAAGGGGUCUAUGACGUCCCAAAGCGACACCCAAAUGGACAUCAAAACUCCCCCCACCACCAUCAUCAUCACCAUCAACUUCAUCAUUUUCAUGCUCAGCCUCUCCAACAAGAAGAAGCUGAGCCACAACCGCCUCAGCCUCAUCCUCAGCCACAACCUCGGCCUCGGCCUCGGCCUCAGCCUCAGCCUCAGCCUCAGCCUCAGCCUCAGCCUCAGCAUCAGCCGCAGGCAGUGGCGGAUCUGAUAGACUUAGACCUGCAUGAGGUGACUCAGAAUAUCAACCAGUUAGAGAUUUUCGGAGACAUGUCCACGCCUCCUGACAUCACUUCUCCAUCAACCCCCGCCUCUCCUGCCAACACCCUCGACCCCUCGCAGGGCCUGCAGCCUCCCACGGAACUGUUUGCUCCCUUCAAUCCUGCGUCUGUGCCCUCAGGUUACGUGACGAUGGGAGCCGUACCCCCCGGCCACUGGUCCCAGCAGGCGUUUGCUGCCCAGACGCCGCUGGCCUUCGGGGUCCAGUCUCCUCUAGGUCCGGUAGCCCAGGUGCUGCCAGGCGGCCAGCCUCUCAUCUGGGGCCAGGCCAACAUCUUCCCUGCCACGCAGCAGCAGUGGGCAGCCAUGGCAGCCGGAGCCUUCCCCCCCACAGCCUACCUCCCUGCCCAACCUGUGGGCACGCUGCCCGCCGCCAUGUUCCAGACUCUCACCCCUGUCACGACUGUGACUCCAGCCGGCGAGAGCCAUUCAGGUGCUGGCGCCAGCGCCUCAGCUCCCUCCCCUUCAGCGUCGUCGAGUCCGCAGCAUGGGGAGAGGGCGAGGAAGAUUGGCAAGGAGUUGUUCAAGGAUUUCCAGCUCGCAAAGCCUCCAGCCAUGCCGUCGAAAAAGGGCGAACAGCCCAGCUUAACAGGAACCUCAGAGGCAUUCAGCACUUACUUCAGCCGUGUGGGCACCGCCCAGGACACGGACGACUGUGACGACUUUGACAUAUCUCAAAUGAAUCUGACACCAGUCACCUCCACAACACCAUCCACCAACUCACCACCCACCCCAGCUCCCAGGCAGAGCUCUCCCUCCAAGUCCUUAGCCUCCCAUGUCAGCGACCCCCCCACUGACGCCACAGACCCCCCCACAGACGACUCGUUUGGGGAAGCAGAGGGCAGUCCUAGUCGCAGUGGAGAGGAAGACGCUGCGUGUGGUUCUGGGUCGCCCUGCCCCAGUGAGACAGCAGAGCCCAGCCCAGACCAGGCCAGUCCAGAGGCUGGGAGCUAGAUAGCAGCAGGGCAGGAAGGGGAAGGACCCUCUCUACGCCCGGAUCAACAAAGGGAAGAAAUAAAGAGACUCACAGGAAGACAGACCUGACCAGCACUGAGAGAACAGGAGGAGAACCUUCAUCCCCCCACCUGUGUGUGUGUGUGUGUGUGUGUGUGUGUGUGUGUGUGUGUGUGUGUGUGUGUGUGUGUGUGUGCGUGCGUGCGUGCGUGCGUGCGUGCGUGCGUGCGUGUGUGUGUGUGCAUCUAUGUGUGUGCGUGCAUGUAUGUCUGGCACAUCGCCCUGCCUGGCCAAGCCCAUCUUCUUCUUCUUCUCCUCUGGCUAACAACCUUCCUCUCUCCUCCUGUGCUCCUCCUCCUCCUCCACCUCCUCUCUGCAGUCUGCUCUCCUCCUGAGAGGAGAGAGCCCUCUCAGUCCUUCACUCCAGGCAGGAGGGAUAUCAAUCACCGAGGCGGAUCCAGUUCUCCCUCCACUGCGCUGUCUUCUCCUCUCCUCUCUCACACCCAGCCUUACGGACAUAUCCUGCUCCUCCCCUCUCUCCCUCCCUUCUUCCUCUACUCCUCCUCUUCCUCCUCCUUUUCCUCUCCUGUCUUCGCUCUCACGCUCCUCCCUCCGCCUCCUGUGUCUGGCCCAGAGACUGUGCUGCCAAGGAGGGACUGAAUCAAGCAGUGCCUCCCUGUCUCCGACACACACACACACACACACACACACACACACACACACACACACACACACAAACACACACACACAAACACACACACGCUCAUUGGGAUCACGAUGAUCAUCUUUCGUUUUAACUGACUGAAUCUGCAUCUGUAGCGGGGAGAUCCGACUGGAGGAGCUAGACUCUUAACAGGCCUAUCAGGGAUGGUCCGUUACUGGGAUCGCUGCUUCUGAUUGGUCGGUUGGUUCGGGCGUUCUCUCUCCAUUCUUUGUGAGUGUCUGCUGGAUCACUAUGCAGAAAAAGACUCUCUGGGAGCUACUCACACACAGACUACAUAUACUCACACAAACACAUGCACACACACAGUCAUCGCUCACCCUCUCUAACAUGCAUUCACACACACAGUAAUUUGCCAAACGUCUCUCCUCGCAGACAGACUCACACAGAGGCCCAGAGGACCAGACAUACCGAGGAAUGGACCCUGAGAGGGAAGAGUUGCAAGUCCAACAGAUUCUGUGAUUGAACUGUUCAUUCUCUAUAGCUUUUGUACAAUACCGAUUAAAAAAAAGAAAAAAAGAAAAAAAAAAAAAACGAGAACAAAAUUGAAAAAUGGAAUUUUUAUUUUAUAAGUCAAUCAAGCCGCUGGGGUCAGCUCUAUAGGAGUUAUAGAGUCAACAUGGCUUUAAGGCAUCUGAUCGUUGGUUUGCCAAACUCAUUUUGUAAAUAAUGAUAACAACCAUUCUGUCCACCGGACUUCUGCGCCAUAAAAUAGGAAGGCUUCAGUUAUGCAAACUCUCGACGUUAACCCAAGCAAUACCAACAUAUGAGUUCUUUCACCACGUUCCGUUGCCCCUCUUUCUGAUUUUGUUCUUGUGCAUGCAUGUCUGUAGGUCUUCGUCUUAACCUCACUUACUAAUCCACCUGCACACCUCGCCCGCCUCCCCUUACUGUCUUUCUCUAAUCCAAACCGCCUCACGUUAUUAUCUCCUGAACAAAUUAGCUCCUGCAGUUUCAGUUCACCGCAGCCUUGUGUUUCUGUGCCACAAACCUAUAUAUUCCAGCAGACACUGUAUCCCAGACUGCUCCUCACCUCCGCCCCAGUCCCCCAAGAAGUCUCUGAGAUACAGCGACGCCCCUGCCCAUCUGUCUGUCUGUUGGUCAGGUGCCAAACUGCUGCUGUCCGAGCGUCUGUGUGUGGACCGCGGCGUCCUCUGCUACAACUACAUCAACUGUGAUGCCAAUGACUCCCUAUUUUAUGGCCAGAGUCCCCCAUGUCACGUCGAGAACUCUUUUGGACUAUGAUGUUGAUUAACUUAAAAAUUUGACAACUAGAAGAUGAGCAAAGAAGUCGAAUUAAAAAGGGAAACGUUUGCUGUUUGAGUACAUAACAUUUCUAGACCUAUUUUAACUUUACCUCAGCUAACAGUUUCUUAAUGUAAAUUGACACAUUAUUUUUAUCUUUAUGAAUAUGACAUUCUACAGUGGGUUUUUAGAUGAUUUUUUGGUUUCUCUCUUGAUUUACGUAUUCCACCAUGUAUUACUGUUACAAAUAAACACAUCCCAAAUGAC